ACUUUACAUAUAUGUAUGUAUAUGUACAUACAUAUAUACAUUUGCAUAUGUAUUCAGUUUUUAAUACGAAAAUUUGCAACGUCAUAUUAAAUCAAGGUGAAAUCAAUACAACACUAAUUACUCAAUAAUAUUUAUAUACAGUGACACCAACUACAAAAACAAUGAAUAUUUGUAUAGAGUUAUUCGCGAAUCUGUAAAUGAAUACAUACUCGAACUUACAUUUGUUGCUGACUGUAAAAAAUCAAUAAUAGAAAUUGUAACAAAAAAAAAAAAACAAUUUUGUAAAACUAAAAAGAAUUCAACGUUGGUGAUACAAAAUUUACUUGUAUAUUGUUCCUAGAAUUUUCCACCAUCGCAAACAACAACAAUAACACCAAACGAACAUUGUGGUAGUAGUGGUCAAAAUCGUUGCUCCCUCUCUCUUAACUGUUUGUUGUUGGCUCAUUUGAUCGAAAACAAAAACGAAACAUCGAGCAAAUCAUUUACUUUUGUUGUUGCAGCCAUAAAAACUGUGAAAAAUAAGUGAAAUAAAGAAAAUUCUUGAAUAAAAAACGACAAAAUAAAAAGAAAAUACAUACAUACUACAUAGUAUAACAACAGUAAAAGCAACAACAAUACUUUAGCAGACAAAGAAAAUUGUAAUAAAAAUAAACAUCGAAAACAACAAGAGCGGACGGAGUAAAAUCACAAACAAAAAUAUUAUUAUUUUUUUUAUUCAGAUCAUUGUAAAAAAUCAAGAGUUUUUUUGAGAAUACAAAAAAGACUGGCGCACUUUAUUAACGUUGCAAAAUGAAACCCACUGUGAUAUCAAAUGCAAAUGCCUCGGCCUCUUCUGGUGCGGGUAAUCCGCAAACCGGCGGUAAUGGUGUAACUAUACCAAUAAAUCACGAGUACAGAGGUCAACCGAUAAAUCAACACCAACAGCAGCCUCAGUAUCAUACACAGUCUCAGCACUAUGUAGCCGGCGAACCACAGGCCACUUGCUACGGAUCUCCCGGUUCUCUUGGAAGAGGACAACAACAGCAACAACCGCAUCCACAACAGCAAAUUCCAGCACAAUUUCAGCAGGACUUUGAUUUUGAACCAGAUAUGGGCAUAGAUAUGUUUCCUCGGACCCGUUUGGGACGUAUGACUCAUGAUCCUUUUGGAGAUUUCGGAGGUACUUCACGUAAGCGAACUAGUUUGCAUGAUCCCCAAUUUCAUACUGAUGGUUUUUCUCGUUAUUUUGAUGAUGCUGCAGAUUUUGGAUUUCCCCAGUUCAACUCAUUGGGUCGUCGUCGUGUUAAUCCUCACAAUGAUGAUGAUUUCUUUAAUCGUUUGCCGUCGGAAUUUCGUCAAUACAUACCUGAAAGUUUCGCUCAGCGACGAACAGGUUCUGGUAUGGCUGGAAGUCCCGGCACUGGCCCGACCAUGGUGCAUCCGCAACAGUCGACACAGCAGCAACAUCAACCACAUUUUUACAAUACAAUGCCGCAGUCUCCAUCCAGAAAAGUGUGUGAUGCUGCCAUUCAAACUGAAGAUCCUACUGGCCGCUCUGAAGUUGAUCAUUCGAUGAACACCGAAAAUCUAAAUCAACAUGGUUUACGUAAUACCAUGGAUAUGGGUGUAAAAUCCCCGGCAGAAAAUGAAAACCAAAGUCCAAGAUCGUCAUCAGCACCACCAACCCAACAACAACAACAUCAAACCCAGCCGCAACAAAUACCAGUUAAUGGACCCAAACGACCUACACCACCUCCUCAGCAACAACAUCAAUUUGCCACUCAAACUAGUCCCCAGAUACAAUCCGGAGCUUAUGGCGGCCAAUCGCCCCAAUUUCAAAAAGUAUAUUAUGCUCCACAACAACAGUCGCAUCCUCAACAAAAGCAGCAGACUCCUCCACCACCGCAAACCCCUGGUGGUUCCUACAUACGUACCAUCCCUAUAUUUGUGGAGGGUAGAUCAGAACCCAUUAUCAAUAAUAAAGAAAUACCCAACCAAAAUGCGCCACCAAAUGUUGCAUCUGGCUCGGGCAAUUCGAGAGCUUUCACGCCACCAAAACAACAGCCGCACCGUCCAACACCAUUAAAUACUCAACAACAACCCUCAUCUCAGCAGCAGCAACAACAAAGUGGUGGUCUACCCCCCCAAACUCCACACACCGUAGAUACCAUAAACAAAAUCCAAGAUAUACAACGUGACGUUUUGGAAUUAAUGUCAUACGUGGAGAAGUUUUCAGGUACUCGUGCCGACAAAGAAUACGUAUAUUUGGACGAAAUGUUAACUAGAAAUCUAUUGAAGUUGGAUAACAUCGACACUAAUGGCAAGGAGAGUAUACGACUAGCACGUAAAGAAGCCAUCAAAUGCAUACAGGCCUCUAUUAAUGUGCUGGAAGCUAAAGCAGAGGAAAAUAAAAAGGCAGUCCAAGUCAAUGAUCACGAUGCAAAAGAGGCGGAACAACCAGUUCUCAUGCAUGAAACGGAAUCGCCAGCACCAGCAACCGAAACACAAAUAUCUACGUCAGCGGACAAAGUGACCAAAGAACCAAUUUCAACUGCUUCAACUGAACAAAUCGUGGAACCGGCAUAUAACAAAACUAAUGAACCCAUACCACUGCCUCCACCAGAAAGUCAGAAAUUCAACGAAGUUAAAAUAGAAGAUUGUCCCGACGAUGAUGUGCCUAAAGUUGAGGAUCAACAAAUGGAUAAUACAACUGAAACGAAAUGAUGAUACGAAAGAACUUUUAAUAAAACCGCCAGCUGUAAAAAGGCCACCACCACUAAAACGAAAGUUUUAAAACAAUACAAUUAAGAAAUAAACACAUUAGUCUGGGGAUAAAUAAUUAUGUACAUUCAUAAAUACAUUACAUAGUGUGUAUGUACGGAUGUAUGUAGUUAUAUCCGAAUCACAAACUUCAGAUGCUUUUAAACUGUAUUUUAUGUUAAAUACUACUUAUAUUUAAAGCUUAAAUUAAAUUCGUGCCAAUCUUUAAAUCAAUUAUUAAA